CGCGAGCGCAAAAACUACAUAUGUUUAAGGCUUCACAUAUUAGACUGUUUUAACACAAACUGUCACUACAAUACGCACUUUGCAGACUAGAAUGUCGGCAUGUUCACUUGUCGGCGACGAAAGGCACUCCGCCCAGUCCGCAAUGGAGGAGCCAGAGGAGGAGGAGCCGCUGGCGCCGCUGCCGCCGUCGACGCAGCCGGCUGCGGACACGUUGCAUCGCGCCAGCGGCUGUGGCCCGUCCGAAUGCGGCAGUGGCAGCUGCAGCAGCUGCAGCGGCGGCGCGGAGUCGCUGCUGGCAUGUGGCGGCGCCGCCGCCACCUCAGCACCGACUGCUGCGCCUGGGGUACCACCGCUGUCGGACGUAGCCGCCGCAGCCGUGGGCACGCCGGCGGCGGCGGCAGAGGCGGCGUUUGCGGCUGUGUCUGGCGGCGCAUCUGAGCUGGGCCAUGGGCCGCUUGAGUCGUGUGUGUCGACGGGCGGCAUUAACGGCAUGGGACGCCUCAGUGGUGGCACGGGCGGAGGCGCGGGGACGCUGCCGUGCCUAGCCACAGCGAGUGCCGUGUCAACGUGACACGCGUGAUUUGCAGCAAGAUCAAUGGCAGCUGCAUCGCAAGCAACGGUUUGGGCCGGCCACUUCAGCGGCCUCUGCGGCGCCGGCUGGCGCGGGCUGCUGGCUUCUGGGUUGCCUUUGAGCGGGCAAGCACGGCGCAAGUGAGGCUUGCUACACCUGCAACUCACACUAUAAGGCACGGUAAGGAUGCAUGAUGCAUGCACAUAACGGGCUGGCUGUCACGCAAGCAAGGCAAUGCAAAACUGCUGUCAUGUGUUGCCCGCGUGAUGGAUGCGGACUCUCGGACUGUCCAUGUGAUGCUACGUUUGGCCCGUGUGAUGGGCGCUGGAGUGGUUUGCAACGGAGGAGCACGGACGGACUUAUGACCGCAAGUCGGCCAGAAUGCUAAGCGUACACAAAUGCAAAACGACUACGGUAACAUGGUACUAGCAGUCGCGUGCAAAUUCAGUGAAAUAGCUUCGCAGCAAUAUCCCUGCGCGGUCAUGAGCAGCACGAGUCAUUGGCCAUGGGUCACUGACCGUGCGGCACACGCGCAUAACACGCACCCGGCAUCUGACAGUCGCUGACGCGAGGCACCGGGAACCUUGGGGAGAGCACUUUCCGCACUCGCUUCGCAUGCCUGACCACGUGUCCAAGAGGCUAUGCAAGCGGCUCCAAGCAUUGAUGGUUCGUUUGUGUGUUUGUGUACACGGACUGGAGUUGGGUUGAAUAAGGGCCGGACCGCCGUUAUGCGGUGGAGGAAAGGGAGGUUGCUUGGGCGGAUGCUUAAAGCGCAAACGCUUACUGUGGGCCGGUGGGGUGGGGUUCGCUGGAGUCGGGUUGGGCGUUGUGUAAAAGUGGUGUGUUUAUUGCCGUGGUGUGAGCUGUAAGUCGGUACGGGGCUGCCGGGGUUGCUUACGCUAAUAUAAUUGAUGGAUAAUUCAGUGCCGCGGCAGGCGUGGAGUGCCUUCAAUGGCUUUACUUGAAGCGCGCUCCGCGGUUUUUGUGUUCAUGCGAGUGGGGGCGCAGUGGCAUGCGGGGCUGCGAUGCAGGCACGCUGUCGGGGGAUGGGGUGCCUGCGUUGUUUGGGUUGCCUGGGCACGUUCGUUGAAAUGGUUGGAUGGAUAUGCGCAGCGACACAGCGGGGACCGCCAUUGGGGAUAGGAGCUGUUAUGCCCAAUACCCCAGUAACUCAGUAAGCCCUAGUGUAUGGAGCCCAUGGGCCACGUGACAUCAACGUAUGCGCGGCUAUGGCCGUACGGUAGUGCAGAGGCCGGCAUGUGCGCCGUCACACACAGGCACAGGAGAGGAGUCCAGUGGUGCUGUGCGCUGCUGCUAAGCAACUAGAAUUUUGCGGACUGGGCGUUUGUGAUUUGUAACAACGUCUUUGUAAUGCAUGUGGCGCGGUGUCAGCGGUGCUGAGCAGGAUCAUAGUUUGCCGGUUGCUGCUGCUGCUCCUGCUAGCUGCUUGCCGCGCAUAAGCGGUCAACGUAAUAAAAUUUCAACUUGGGUUAUGAUGAGGCGCGUAUGGUACGUUGUGUACCACAACGUGUAAUUCUCCUGGAUGCAGCGCAAAGGAUGGAGGGCGAGUGAGUGGUAAGCACACGAAAGCUGGGCUUUGGCAGGAGUGUACCGACGGAGUCACGUUGCUAGCCUUGCAAGAUGCAUCAGGAAGUACGUCGACGGACGCGUACCUGCACAGCAGCGCGUGCCACCCUGGGCACAGGCGACACAGACCUGCACAAGUGUGAAACACGGAGUGACCAGGUAUACCCGCCCGCUCGUGCGCCUUCAUUCCGGCGCGGUGUGGUCUCAUUGCCUCUUGGUGUUUGACCCUGGGCAUGACUGGAUGGGCGAGGACUUGAGAGGACAAUAAUUGUGCAAGCCAGCCUAGGCCAAAAUCCAC